UUCACCUGUGAGGAUGACUGCACUCAGGACAAUUAUUUUAUUUCUCAACAUAUAUCCAACUCAAGCCAUGGAUUUUUCAAAACCUUCAGUUAUUUCAGUUAAGUCUGGAGGACGUGUGACUCUUAGUUGCCCAUUUGGAGACAUUCGUAGGACUGAUAGCGUGGUUUGGUACAAACAAACCCUUGGACAGAUGCCUCAGAAGGUAGGAGAGAGAUUAAUAUAUAAGGAUGUCCAAAUCUCCCCUGAUUUCAAGACUUCUGGGUUUAAAAUGGAGAUUUCUGAUAACGGCAUUGCUCUGACAAUUCCACAUAUAAAAAAAGAACAUGGAGGACUUUAUUAUUGUGAAAAAUGCAUGUUGGAGAAUAUUACACUAUCUAAUGGAACUUUCUUGGCUGUAACAGGUGAUGGGGAUUUAGAAGUGUCAGUAUCACAGAGCAGUGUGUUGGACUCGGCUCCUGCAGGAGCGUCAGUGACUCUGCAGUGCUCGGUUCUCUCUGAGAGCAGAGCAGCAGAACUCCAAGUGCUCUGGUUCAGAGCUGCUCCACCACAAUCCCAUCCUCAAAUCAUUUACACUCAUCACAACAGCAGCCAUCAGUGUGAGAGCGGCUCUUCUACACACACCUGUGUGUACAACCUCUCCAAGAACAUCCUCAGCCUCAAUGAUACUGGUACUUACUACUGCGCUGUGGCCGCGUGUGGGAAGAUCAUUUUUGGGAACGGGACACGAGUACGGUUGGAGGACUUUUCAAAUGGUGUAAGCUCUUUAGGUCCUGAAGUGAUUUACCUUGCAGUAGCAGUGAUUGUAUGUGUGAUUGUGAUCUUUGCUCAAGGUUUAAUCAUCUGUAAAAAGUGGAAUUGCGAUCAGUCCAAAGGUAAGUUAACAAAAUUAUAUCUAAACUAGCAACCUGAAUUUUCCAUCCACUUUAUUAUUAUGAAUUAUUUUGUGCAGAUUGAUGAUGCAUAAUUACAGUAAAGUUCCAGUAACACUACAAAUUGUAGAAAAAAGUUACAGGGUGAAUUAAUUUGCAUGGAAAAUAUCAAUUUCUAACAUUUAAUUAAUUAAUGUCAUUAAAUGUUAAUAAGCUGAUCACUUUAUACUGUUCCUUUCAGUGUAAACAAUAGAAAUAAUUCUACCAGACAUGUUUAUGUUGCAAAAAUUUAAGCAAAGCCAAAUGUGA